AGAGCAGCACCAUGAUCCAGCCGCGCUUCAUGAGAGUCCGGAGUGCUCUGUUCAGGGAAAGCAUGGCCGAGUUCCUGGGGACCUUUGUUUUACUGCUCUUUGGCUGCUCGGCUGCAGCACAGGUGAAGACCAGCCGAGAGACAAAAGGGCAGUUCCUCUCCGUAAACAUGUCCUUCUCUGUGGGCGUCAUGUCGGCCAUGUACCUCACCAAAGGCAUCUCAGGAGCCCACCUGAACCCCGCCGUGACCCUGAGCUUCUGUGUUUUGGGACAGGUGCCCUGGAGUCGCCUGGUGCCCUACUCUCUGUCCCAGAUCCUGGGGGCGUACACAGCCUCAGCUUUGGUCUACUUCGUAUACUAUGAUGCCAUCAUGGAAUUCAGUGGAGGAGUGCUCACAGUUUAUGGGGCAAAUGAGACAGCUUCUAUAUUUGCCACUUAUCCAUCAGAGUACCUCUCACUGAGCGCAAGCUUUCUUGACCAGGUCGUGGGCACGGGCACACUGCUGCUGUGUAUCCUGUGUCUAGGAGAGAAGAGGAACACUCCUGCUCCAGAGCAGCUUGUACCUGCCAUUGUAGCUGCGAUUGUUUUGGGUAUUUCCAUGUCGAUGUCGGGAAACUGCGGAGCGGCCAUAAACCCAGCCCGUGACCUGGGACCACGUCUCUUCUCCCUGACAGCGGGAUGGGGGACUGAGGUCUUCACAUGUUACAACUACUGGUUCUGGGUGCCUGUGGUGGCCCCUCUUGUUGGGGCAGUUCUCGGCACACUGAUUUACCUGAUAUUUAUUGAAUGGCAGCUACCGGACCACCCCCCUGAAGACCCUCACACAGAAAGCAGUUUCAGCAACAAACCCAUUCCCAGUGUCACAUGGGACAGUAAAGAGGAGCUGAAGGAGGCUCACUUCUGAGUGUUACUGUGACUCUGAUUUGUAUGAAUGUAGAUCAACAUGUUGUACUGGUGAAAACAGGCUAGAAGCAACUUUCAGACGCUGCUGUGUAGUUUUCAGGUGGAGGUCAGAUAUUUGGACUGCCCUAUGUAACUUUACAGGUUCACCACCAACUUGAACAUUCCAGGCAAAGCUCUUGAGAUCUCUGGAGACAGGCAGGCAUUGGACCCUCCACCACCAGAAAAGUUACACAGUGCACCUUUAUUUUAUUUUGUAAUUCUGAUUACUGUUUUUACUUUAUGAAGCUCAUUAUUAAUCUUGUGGUUUUAUCUGUUAACUGCCUACAAUAUAGCAGUUUUAUUGCAUAUUUCCAACCACUUUAUGACACUAAAGUGAGAAAACUAAUUACAGAAGUUAAUUUGCGCCCUGGCACUGAACUUUGUGCCAUUUUCCUUGUGAAUAGGCAUGACUAUUAUGGUUCGGCAUUGGCCAUAAAUCUAAACUAUCUGCACUGCCAAUUCAAAGGACAAUUCCAUGAGUGACAACAUUGCUGUCCUUUUCUACCUCAGUGUUUUAUUACAAAUGUAAGUGACCAAUGAUAGUGACAUUUAUUUGCAUUGUGAUUUUGUUAAUUUGUUUGUGAUCGACUAUUGGAACUUGCAAAGUAGAUGUUUUACUCAUGAUAAUAA